UGCAUCUAAUUAAAUUCUUCACAAAAUGUCAAGAACCGUGGCCUACGAAUGCAUCAAAUGUGGAGAAGUGUUUCCUUCAAGCCAAUCAAUAGCUGGCCAUACAAAGAUUCAUUUCAAGCAUGGCUGGAUUAAGGGAACCCACCAAAGAAAGGUAUUUUUGGCGUCUCCAGCUUUAUCACCGGCCCGCCAUAUGUCUCGCUUGAGGGUUCGGGACCAUAAGAUACUAGCUAGGCUCAAAGGCCGCCUUACAAAAGAGGAGGAUGGUGUCAUCAUGCGACUUGUUGAGAUUUCUAGGGAACAGGAAAAACAAUCAAGGACUGACGUGGAGGUGAUGCCAAAUAAGAAUUCGGAAGGCACCUGUGCUUGGAACUACCAACAAAGAUGUCAUCAUUGAGGACUCAGAUGAUGAGUCCAUCAACAUAAGAAUAUGAUGUAGUUUGAUCUUAGUUAUUUUUUCCUAAAUAUUUUUAGAAGUUUUGUUUUCAACUUGAAAUAGUAUCAUAGUUAUGGUUUUGAAGGUUGUUAUCGAAUUAUU